AUUAAUGUUAGUUAAGUACAGAAAAAAUGAGGACAAUAAAAAAUGUAGAAGUGUGCGUAAAUUCGACAAAAUGUUUAUUCAAGUGUGGAAGCAAAACGCGAAAGGUAAUAAAUUGAAGCAACGUCCCAAAUUGAAACAACCGCAACAUUUCCAUCCGCAAAUUUUAAAUCCCAACUAUCGACAAGAUGUUAUGCAGAGACUGCGACUAGCCAUAGUGGACACGUUUUGGGAAUACACGCAAACCACCAAAGUUAGUGGGAUAUGGCUGCUGCGACGGAAUAAAACGCAUGGUAUUUCUAGGUGGAUUUGGUCAACUGUGCUCCUCAGCCUGCUGCUGCUGGGCGUUUACUUAUCCCUGCAAUUGUGGUUGAAAUUCUACUCAUACCCAAUUUUGAAUACAAUUUCAAGUGAUCUGGCUAUAACCGAUGUGGCAUUUCCGGGUAUUACCAUAUGCAGUCCCAAAGUGGUCAACCGUGAGCGAGUGCAGCGUUAUAUAAAAACAUUAAAUAUUCCUGAUAAUAUCGAUCUACAAAAGGUCGCUGUCGGUUUCGAAUAUAUAAAUGCCUUCACCGAUCAAAACUGGAAAACUCCGGGGAAAAAUAGCUUCAAAUAUGCCGACGAGGUGCUUCGUCUCAACAAUAAAACUAUUUACGAGGCGGCCAAAGCAGUCAGUGGUAACUGUAAUGACUUUGUUAAACGUUGUUAUUGGGGCAUCACUGAGUUUCCAUGUCGUCAGCGCCACGAAUAUCUUUCAUUUAUAUCAACAACAUCUUUUCUAGGGCCAUGUUGCUCGUUCAAUUAUAAUCCGAAAAACCUCUCAUACGUUCCAUUUUCGGCAAACAUUUUCGGGAUAGAUGGAGGCUUAACUAUUGUGGGCGCAGAGGGCUCCGAACGCAAUCUCUCAACUGGUCUAAUCGUGCUGGUACACCAUCCUAUGGACUAUGUUACAGAAGUCACAUCCUCAGUAACCAUUACAUCGAACUCGGAAAGUUUUGUGGAAAUUUCACCAACUGUGCAAAGCUCCUCACCUGAGGUAUUGGAAUUAUCGCAAGGAAAACGUGAUUGCUUAAUUUCAGACGAUCUCGAGCUACAUAAUUAUCGUCAGGCGGCAUGCUUGCUCGCUUGCCGAACAGAAGCUUUAAUGAAGUUGUGCAACUGUGUGCCCUAUCACAUGCCCAAUUCACUGGUCGAUUUUCGCGAAUGCAAAUUAAACGACAGCGCUUGUUAUUCGCAAAAUUAUGAUUCAUUUAAAAGCGUGAAAUGCGAAAGUUGCCUACCAAACUGCUAUGACGUUACAUAUUCAAGUUCAGCCUACAAAGCUGAUUUAAAACUGCACAACUGCUCGGUGAGCACACAUUAUUCGACCAUUGACGCAUACGACACAUUCAUCGUUCGCGCCUACCUGACCAAACAGACCGUCCCAGCCAUACGCAAAGUGGUCGUCAUGUCGUGGAUCGGUUUAUUAUCGGAUUUAGGCGGGGUAUUCAAUUUGUGCCUGGGGAUUAGUAUGGUAUCCCUAAUAGAAUUUAGUUACUAUUGUACACAUCGUUUAUACGUGAAUUACAAAACCCAUUGCGUACUCCUUCAAUCACUAAAUCAUUCGCAGAGCAAAAAAUAAUAUGUGACUUUAUGUGGAAUAGAAGGAAAGGGAGAAACUUUAUUUAGGUACUGUUUUGAAAUGUCGUCUGUUUCUUUUAAUUUAAUCUUCAUAU